CAAUUCAUUGAAUUAUUGGCCAUAGGUUCGGGUGCUUUUGGGAAAGUAUUUAAAACAAAACAUAGAUUGGAUGAUAAAAUAUAUGCCGUUAAAAAAGUGAAAAUAACAGACUUUAGCGAUGAUAAAGUAAACCGAGUGUUCAAUGAAGUGAAAAUAAUGGCGAAACUGGACUCAAAAUUUGUGGUCACUUACUAUAACUCGUGGAGAGAAGGCAUCCAUUUAUACAUACAGAUGGAGUACUGUCCACAAAAUCUUAAAGCAGUUCUGGGAAACAAACCACAAGUAUUUGGCAGACAAUCACCGGCGGAACCGAUGACUGUCUUUGAGUAUUUCACAUCGUGUGAGAUAUUUCGGGAACUCUUGGAAUCACUGCAAUAUCUUCACCAACAAAACCCUCCUAUCAUUCAUCGGGAUAUAAAACCCGACAAUAUUUUAGUCUUAUGUAACACUAAUAAUGACGUGUUUUUAAAACUCGGUGACUUCGGUUUGGCCACAUGUCACGAUCGCUCAACUAUGACACAAUGUUUGGGAACCGUGGGAUAUAUGGCCCCAGAAGUUGGCCUAAGGCAAUAUAACUUUAAGGCAGAUGUUUAUAGUGUAGGUCGCAUUGCACUCGAAUUGUUUAACCUAGAUGAGUAUUUG